ACUGAACUCUUUCUGUAUUGAUCAUCCUCCAAAUCUUUUGUGUUCACUGCUGCCGCAUGUCCUUCAUCUUUCUGUAUGGAACAAUUUUUGUGUAUAUCGUGGAUAAAAGAUGCUCCUUGGAACAUAAUAUUCUCUGUCUGCCUUUCAGAUAUCCUUUGAGUGGUUACAUCAUGGCUUCCAUCACUAUGCCCACCUCAGAGUGGAUCAGCUUCUUCAAGGAGGCCGGCAUUCCCGCAGGACCUGCUGUCAAUUAUGCUGUGACAUUUGUGGACAACAGGAUCAGCAAGAACAUGCUUUUGGAUUUGAACAAGGAGAUCAUGAAUGAGUUGGGCAUUACAGUGGUGGGCGAUGUGAUAGCCAUACUGAAACAUGCAAAGGUAGUUCAUCAACAGGAUAUUUGUAAAGCUGUGACUGAGCCUUCUAACCAGACCAGCAUACAGAAUGAACUACGGAGGACUGCUAAUAGCCCAGCCACAAGAAUGAUUGCAAACAGUCUAAGUCGAGACUCUCCUCCAUCCACUCCUGUCCGCAGACCUGAAACAAGCACAUCUAAGAUCUCCGUUACAGUCUCCAACAAAGGGGCUCUGAAGAACGCACAGUCAGCCGUGCCUUCACCUGCACCUGACACUGCAGAGGUUCCAGUAAAACGUCGCAAGGUGACAUCUGAGAUUGAAGGGAAAUAUGUCAUUAAUAUGCCAAAGGGGACCACGCCUCGGACAAAGAAAAUUCUGGAAGAACAGGCAGCUAAAAGUUUAACCAGAACGUCGGUCUUUGACAGACUGGGAGCAGAGAGCAGAGAGGACACAACAACUGUAACAAAGCCCACUGGAGUCUUCAGCCGUUUGGGUGAUACAAUUGGUCAAGAUCAUUCACCAGAGAGCGAUGAAGAGGGCAGUGUUCUGCAGUAUGCUGGUGUUCUUAAGAGAAAGGGUACCACCAUUAUUAGAGAGAAGCUUUCCCCUGGAGUUACUGUGAAGGCCAAAGCCACAAGCUCUGAACCAAAGUCUGUCGUCACCACUAUUAGGAGACUCUCCACAAAGCAUCCUGCAAGUGCCCCUGCCAAGCUCACCACUCCAAAGAUCAGCAUAGCACAAAGGCUCGGCACCGUCAAAAGAGCCAACCCUGAGGAAGGAAGAAAAAGAAAAGUGCCCUCGGCUGCACUGGUGAAGCGUUUGGGAAAGCUGCAUUCUGAAGCUCAAGACAGCAAAGUUAGCAGUAGCAAGCCACCCCCAACUGCUUUUAAGAUUACUAUCAAGCGGACUAUCGGGAACCCUCGCGUGACCAGUUCUAGCGAUAACCGCAGUGCUCAGAUGGACAAUACUCGCAGUGUAAGCGUCUUUAAGCGGUUAGGAAGAAAAUCGUUAUGAAGUGCAAACUGUUUUCUUUUAUUGUAUAUUACAGGACACAGGUUGAUGUUCAGGAACUCCAGUUAUGCUAUUACCUCUGGGAGACUGGACGG